CCGCCGGCAGGGGUCGCUGUGGAGAGCGCGGCGGGCUCCGUCCGUCGCUGGGUUUGUCCCCGCCCGGCCCCCGUCGCUUGUAGUCCCGGCGGCCCGGCCGGCGCUCGCUCGCUCGCUGGCUCCGCGGUCCGGCAUGGCGGCGGAGCAGCACCAGCCCCAGCCCGAGGCCGCCAAGCCGCUGAGCGGGCUGCUGAGCGGCAUCGCGCAGGCCACGUACUACGGCCACGCGGGCAUCCCCGAGGAGCGGCUGCGGGGCCAGCUCUACCCCGAGGCGGCGCCGCACGAGUUCCGGGCCCUGCUCGCCAAGAUGAGCGGCGUCCUCAAGUCUGUAGCUUCAGCAGACAUGGAUUUGAACCAGCUGGAGGCCUUUCUUACUGCCCAAACCAAAAAGCAGGGAGGUAUCACAGCAGAUCAGGCUGCAGUCAUUGCAAAAUUUUGGAAAAACCACAGAACAAAAAUUCGAGAGAGUCUGAUAAAUCAAAGUAGGUGGGACAACACCUUGAAAAACAUGAACUGGAGAGUGGAUUUGAAAUCGCAGUCAAGACACGUCGAUCAAAUAAACACCCCUGUUGCAAUUGUUGAAAUGGAGCUGGGGAAAAAUGGGCAGGAAUCUGAAUUUCUGUGUUUGGAAUUUGACGAGGCCAAGGUGAAUCAAAUGCUGAAGAAACUGUCAGAGAUUGAAGAGAGCAUAACGGCGCUGACACAGACCACCUGACUGUUAAGAUAAAUAAAGAGAUUGUGACUCGGAACAUAGAUGGCCUUAGUACUUGUUAACAAUUUCCUACAUAAAAAUAGAAAUUAUUACCAA